AAAUAAAUUUUCGAAAGCAUUAGGGGAAAACAAAAUUAGCAUAAAAGUGAUGAAUAUUAGAUAGGAGCGAAAAUGACCGAUGAUUCUCAUGGAUAGACAUCCUUAAAUUCGAAAAAUGGCUGGAAAUAUUUAAAUAAUAAUGUUAACAUAAUUCACCCCCAAAAAACCUAUAGUCAGAUGCUCUUGUCACAACCUCGGCUCAAUGUCUAUUAUUACCAUUACUAUGUGUAGUUAAUGCGCUCACUUCAAACUGAUUUCCAUAGAGUCUACCCCUAUUAAUAUUUACAUUUCGUGUCGUUAUAUUCUGACUUCAUUCAAAGACAAUGUGUUUCCUCAAUUUAGUGUUCUUAAAUUCGAUUUCGGGGAAAUAAAAAUCUUUUAUCGCGAUAAAUAAGCAGCUUCCCAUCUAUUUUAUGGCCUAGGAAUAAUUUGUCAUCUUUAUAAAUACCGGUAGUGUCCAAUUAAAAUUGAAAAUAAAUUCGGGCAUUUACGGUUCGGGUAAAAUUUAUGAAAAAGCAAAAUAUUCGCACGCUCUCCCUCAUAGUGUGUUCCUUCACUUACUUGUUGAUAGGAGCUGCCGUGUUUGAUGCCUUGGAAUCUAAAUACGAGAUUAAGCAAAAGCGAAUGAUGAUGGAGAUCGAGGAGCACCUGAUCCGGAAAUACAAUAUAUCCGAUUCCGAUUACCAACUGCUGGAGGCCAUAAUUAUCAAGUUAGUGCCUCACAAAUCGGGUAUUCAAUGGAAAUUCACGGGGGCCUUUUACUUCGCCGUUACUGUCAUAACUACCAUAGGUUAUGGACAUACGGCCCCUAACACUAUAGCAGGCAAAACUUUCUGCAUGUUUUACGCUUUAGGAGGUAUACCCUUAGGUCUAGUCAUGUUCCAAAGCAUAGGUGAGAGAUUGAAUUCUUUCGUCGUUUUCUGCCUACGUAAGUGCAACAAAUAUUGCAGUAUCAAUGGAUGCAAAAGGCGUUUAAAUCGUGAUAGUUUUCCUCGUUUAUCUUUGCCAAAUUCUUUGACCAAGAAACGAAAUGAAAACUAUCUGCCCAAUAAACAAUUUAACGCGAAUAACAAUAAUCAUAAUCACCUGGGAAGGACCGCAUGCGUGAUUAAUAUCAAUAGCGAUGAAAAUUACGUCGAUCAGCAUCACAUUCUUGACAAAUGCGAAAGCUAUCCAGAAAAUAAGGUGGUGGCCCACGCAGGGGGAGAUAUAUACGUUCAAAAUAACGAGAUACUCACUAUUAGUACCAGAUCCAUUACCGAUUGCUCAUAUAUAGAAUUCAACGAAAGUGAUUGUGCUAAUCCUAUCGAAGUCACUACGCGUAACCGCUUAAUUAACAAAAAAACCUCGGACAAUUUGGGCAGUCGACUCGAGGAAUCACCAACUGAAUCCAUUCACAUUACAUAUGAGCCGGUAACGCCCGAUGAUAAUCUCAACUUGGGAGAGGAAAAACAGUUCAGGGACAAAGAAAAUCUCAUCACUAGCUACGAUGACCAAGUUAAAAAUAAAGAGGUGGAAAAGGAGGUUUCACAGAGUAAGGUGCUCACCAUAAACUUUUUGCUUUGCUCUUUAGUCAUGGGUUCAGGUGCGGCCGCUUUUAGCCACUACGAAUCCUGGAGCCUAUUCGAUUCUUUUUAUUACUGCUUUAUCACUCUGACUACUAUAGGGUUUGGGGAUUACGUCGCUUUACAAAAGACAAACGCCCUGCAAAGAAAGCCAGAAUAUGUAGCCUUCAGUUUAAUUUUCAUACUCUUCGGUUUAACUGUCGUGUCAGCUGCCAUAAAUUUGUUGGUUUUGCGAUUUAUGACGCUUAAUACCGAGGACGAGAAACGCGAUUCGGCUGAGGCAAAGGUCAAAGCUGCUAGGGACGAAGCCGUGACUCUUCAAGGCGAUGUGCUAGUAACUAAAGAGCAACCCCGCAUGAAUUCGGAAGGAUUAAUAAUUAUUGAUGAUGAUACUGUCGAAGGACGAGAAAACGAUUAUUUCGAUAAUAAAUUGUAUGAUGAGGAAAAUGAGAAUGGAAAAGAGGACAGGGCUCGAAGAGGUGCCAGGGAACCUAUUGCCAAAGAUAGCAGAACGAGGAUACCUAGUAUUGAGUUACCUAUUAAAAGCAAGACGGGCGGGGAGAUGGCCAGACCCAAAACCAGAGCCAGUUACAGCGCACCCCAGGACCAAUCCAAAUUUAGGAAGAGCCUCAAAAGGUACAGCGACGUGGAUUCGUUGAACGAAUACUUUUCAUUUUUAAAAUGCUCAAAUAAUUCAUCCCAAAUUCCGCUCGUCACGCCGGCCUUUAAAACUGCUAACUCGUUUUUAGAGAAAAGCUAUAACGAUUCGAGGGAAUUAUGCCUUCUUAAAGAACCUCUUAUUAAAAGCUCCGAAACCACGAAUAACAAUAAUCAGCCCAAUUAUUACGCUCGCUUGCCAAAAACGUCGGCGCCGCUUUUUAGUUACCCCGAGGUAACGCUACCUCAUAAUCGAUAUUGUGAGCAUGAUUACGAUCACUCACCUUAUCAAAUUUUCCAUAAAAAUGAAGUUCCACAUAAAGACCCUUUUUUGAAAAUUGAUAAGGGAAUUGUGCCUUUAUCUAAAUCCCCUUCCUUCCUAUCACUCUCCUCUUCUUGGCGUUCAUCUACCUCUUCCAUCACAUCCAAACCGCUACCGCCUCGACACGAUUAUAAAUCUUUUAUUAACACAAACACGCAUUCUCAGUCUAUAAGCCGUCACCCAACCAACUUCCAUAAUCAACCUAAUAGAUUAGGAAGAAUUCUUAAACACCUCUUGGGGUUCAAAAAUGUUAAAAGUAUUCGAAACAAUAUCCCAAAUUCGAAUCUAUGUUCGGAUUCGCUCAAUCCUUUAACCCCUAAUCUUGCUACGAAAGCCUUAUUUUAUAACGAAGUUGUAGGUCUGGUUGGGAUUAACAACAUUCCAUCUCACGUGAUAUCAAAAAGCAGUGAUACAUUUAACAAUUAUCAAUUAAACUAUCGAAUACCAAAAUCAACGCAAAAAGCAAAAAAAAGUUCCAAAGAUGCUAGAAGUAGAAAACGUCGGUACAGAGUUACGAGAGAACCUUGCAAAAUUUCGCAUUUACUAACCGCUUCCCUCAAACAUAAGGACCUAACCUUGAGAAUAGCCCCUACCUACAACCACUACGACAACAUAAAUAUAGCGAACAAAACAAACAUAUCCAGUCAACCUGUAAAACGCUUAUCGCGUUACGAAACUUGCCCAAAUUCAUGUCCUAUUAUAGAGCAUUUAAAUAAUCCAAUAAAAAUAACAAUGUCGAAACUGCCAAACAGUGAAACGCGCGAAACAAUUUUGUCUUCGAUCAUAUCUACCCCACCCUUUGGCUCUAACGCUAAAGAGGAGUAUUUGGGUGAAAAUAAAUUUCUUUUUAGGAAAGUCGGCAUUAACAGGGACAGUAGUAAGAACAGGAAAAAAAAGGCAAAAAUGAAGGGAUUAGUUCUUUCGAGAACGAAUAUAAUCAUCACCGAAACUACGUCUUUCAAUCCCGAUUCCCCAAAUCAUUUGCCAUUACCACCUGCCUAUACUUUCCCUUACGAAACUUCUGAUUUCGUUAUCAUAAAUCCUAGCCCCGACUCAAAUCAAGUAAAUACUCCUAAUGCAAAUUAUGGAAGGAGUAGGAGCGCUUCCUUAUUCGCUAAUCCAUUCUCUCAUCCGGUCAAACGCAAAUCAUUUUCGGAAAAACCCGGUGAUUUAAACACUAGAUUGGGUAAAUUUAAUCUCAAAUUACCGCACGAUAGCGGGCCAAUGUCUUCCUUAAAACUUUUAUUGAUGGAAGAUGCGAAGAAAAUCGAAAAAUUUAACUCGCAUCCAUUUAGGGAGCGGUACAAUUCUAUUUAAGUCAAUAACAUAUGAUAUAACUAGAAUGUCGAUUCAUUCAUUCAUUAAAACAGAUUUUGAAGCGUCAUUGAUACAAAUUAUGUGAUGACACGCCAUUUUAAUUUCGUAUAAUAAAUGCAUAAAUAAAACUGAUUUUUUAAAAAAAAAAUUCAUAAAGUUUAUUUAAAUUAUUCAGGGAUACCAAAAUGGUCUAUAAUCUGGUGAUUUUUGUUAGUAUUAUGUGUCAUUGAUAAGUUUUAGAUACAUAUAUAUAAACCCAAAGGUUUUUUGGAGGGUGUAAUAUAUAUAUAUAUGUUAACAAAAACAAAGUAGCUCAAGUUUUAUUAUUAAACUCUUUUAAUCAUGAGAUUAAUAUGAUGAAAAAUAAAAUGUAACUUCUUCUAUCCUGAUAAAUAAAAUACACGUAUACACACCUUUGUUCGCUUUUAUUGCUUAUUAGAAAAAUAAUUAUUUAUUUCUGUUAUUGUUUACCCGUCUUUAUAGAGUAGAAUAUUUAUGACACCUGCCUGUGAAAUUAAAACCAAAUCUCACGAUUUUUUUCCCAUUCUCCCCUCCCCCUUCACCCCCAAAUAAUUUAUAUCAAUGUUAUCUGUAAAUAUAUAUUAUAUAAACACCACAUUAUGUAUAUAUUCUGGAAUAAAACUGAAAUCAUGG